CUGUUACGUCUUAGCAGUAUUGUGAUUGUAAAUAAUCUUCUUAAAAUUGAAUAUAUUAAUAGAAAAAUAUAUUGAUGUGUCGAUAGUGUAAAAUAAUAAUAUUUAGGAAAACGACUCGUAUGCUACAGCAAUUGGUAGAGGUCAUUAUCUUUAUAUAAACAUGGAAACUUCUCAAACAACAGAAAAUUUAAAUGAAACUACUGAUUCAACUGUGCCAAAAUCAUCGACACUUGAGGAAAUAUCGCAAGAAAAAAUAAGUGGAGUAGCAAUGCAAGAUUUAAAGAAAAGUGAAGGUGUAGGUGAAAUGUUGGAGAAUUUUAAAGUUAAAGAAUUACAAGAAAAUUCUGAAAAUACCAAUAGCAAUACAAAAGAAGAAGAAUCACAACAUGUUAAUCGUGUUUGUUAUAAAUGGGAUAUUCCAUUGAAACAAUUACGUGAAGCAGUUGAAGAGUAUCAGCCGACUAAAUCCUGUGAAAAUUUUACAAAAGGUUGUCAGUGGUCACCUGAUGGAACAUGUUUAUUAGUAUCCUCAGAGGAUUUUAAUAACCGAAUAUAUGAACUGCCACAUGAAUUUUAUUCUGAGAAGAUUCCCUUAAAUGUAGAAUCUACUAAUAUGACAGCAAUAUUAAAUAUAAAAGAAGGAGGAAUUAUAUAUGAUACUUGUUGGUAUCCUUACAUGAAUUCUUGGGAACCUGCAACCUGUUGUUUUUUGAGCACUAGUAGACAAAGCCCGAUACACUUGUGGGAUGCUUUCAAUGGUGAAUUAAGAGCAACAUAUAGGGCUUACAAUCAAGUGGAUGAAGUAGAAGCUUCAAUUAGUGUGCAGUUUAUUGAUUCUGCAAAAGAAUUAUGGGCUGGUUACAAAAAUGCUUUAAGAUUUUUUGAUAUGGAACGUCCAGGUCGCCAAAUAAAUACUAUUUAUUUUAAGAAAGAAUUUCCAAACGUUAUUGGUCUAGUUUCCUGCAUUAGAGAAAAUCCAAUCAUGCCUGGACUAGUUGCUUUUGGUACAUAUUCUAAAUGCAUUGGUUUAUAUAAAAACGGACCACUAUGUUCUUUUCAAACUGGAAGUGGUGUAACUCAAAUUGAAUUUAGUCCUUGUGGUACAAAAUUAUUUUCAGCUGUUAGACGUAGUAAUGAAUUUUUAUGCUGGGAUCUUCGUAAUCCUGGUACUGUACUUCACUCUUUUCAAGGACGCCAAGCUAAUACAAAUCAGAGAAUACAUUUCAAUAUUACACCUGAUGCCAAACAAUUAAUUUCAGGUGGUACAGAUGGAAAUAUUGUCAUUUGGGAGUUAUCAGAAAGUAUAAAUGAUGCAAAUCCUAAUUUAACACAUCAAAUAAAAUUAUCUAGUGAUUGUAUAAAUGGAGUAAGUUUACAUAAUACUUUACCAAUACUUGCUACUAGUACAGGACAAAGAUUAUGUGAUAGUAACAAAAGGGAAAGAGAGAUUAGUGGUAGGGUGACCUCUCGGUUACCGGUUUGGUACAAAGCUGUUGUUCAGUCAGUUGCUGCCUGUUCACCAGUAGAAACAGUCGGGUUCCAGAGGUUCUCCUCCAGAAGAGCUCUGACUCAGGGUGGACUUUCAGGAUGA